AGCGACAGGCUUCCCUCGUCGUGAGCCGAAGCGAGGCUUUCACACGAGGCGGAUCUGCUCGGAAAGAGCGUCUAGACUGGGCUCGUGGACGCUACUCAAAGCGGCAGGAGGCGGGAGGAUUGACGGCGCUGGAAAACGUCAGGACUCGCAGGGUACCGGCGCAGCGGGUUCGCUCUUGAUGACAGGCGGCGGUCAUGCAGGCUCUCGACGGAGACAGAGCGGCAACAUCCACAUCCAGCGCGGCAUCUUCAGCGAGGCAAAGGGCGAGUGCACACAAGACUUGCUCUCGGAAAUCUGGGCUGGCUGCAUCGUGCUGCACUCCACUGUGGUGCGGGCGGCGGGAGCCUGUACUGUACAUAUGCAUGUGAGUAUGUCGUGCCGCGCUCCGCCGUACGCGAUCCGGCCGUGGAGGCUCCAGCCGGGGGCUCUUGAGUCAGUGGCGUUGGCGCGCGCGCGCGGGGGGCUCAGGACGCUUUUUGCGGGCAGGGUGGCAGGCUCGCUCGCUCGCUCUCACGGCUCUCUCAAAGUCACAGCUCUGUGCGCCGGUGGCGGUUGCUCAGAAUCCAGAGGGUCGAGGAUGCAGAUUGGGCGGGGUAGGCCGUCUUGUGGAUCGCAUUCCCUGCGGCGAAGGCGAAUCCCGGUUUGGACGGGUGGGGUGGAUGAGCCUCGCUCAGAAUGGCGGUGAAGAUCCCCGGUCCGGCCUUGGACGAGGAUGGGCAAGGUGGGCGGAAGAGACGGCUGGAGCCUUCAAGGAUGGCCGGGCGAGAUUGGGGGCGGCAAAGAAGAAGGAGGUCGGCUGGCGGCGCUAGAAAACG